AACAGAAACUACAGACAGUUAUUGUUCAAAAUGUCACUAAACUAAUGUAAAAAUCAGUUUUUUCUGUGUGUGGGACACCAGCUGAGGAGUUUCCAGGUUUCAGAUUCUUCUUGAAUUAUGAAACAUUAGCAGAGAUGCGGAGGAAAACUAGAAGAGUCCCACAGAGGAGAUCAGCUCCGGUUAGCAUCCCAAUCACACAAAACUCAACCCAGCGGCUGAUUGAACCCCCAGAAACACCUGUCAGACCUCCGGCAGGUAGAGGCCUGGGGAAGGCCGGAGCCAAGCGUAUGGGCCGGCUGUUCAAACGGGCCAUCGAGGGUCCGGAGGAGGCGAACGGGAAGGAGAGAGUCGCUCUGCCCAAGAGUCCAGUUCGUCUCCUGAAGCAUCGGAUCCAGUCGGAGGUUGAGGAUGUGGCUCAGACGUCCUCGGCGUGUCUUCACGUCUCCCAGCUGAUCCUCAGCGUGGUGUCUCAGUGCAAACACCGCAGGGGCAUCUCCAUGGCCGAGCUGAAGCAGACGCUGACCGGCGGCGGCUACGACGUCUCCAAGAACGGCAGGAGGGUGACUGUGGAGACCAAGAGGCUGGUGAACAACGAGACGCUCGUAAGAACAACGAGAAACACGAUGUUCAGGCUGAACAACAAGACUCUGACAGACACAAAGCGAAUCAGGACGAGACCGCUGAAACCACGAGCAGCGAAAGAGAAGCUGAAGCAGAGUCCAGCACUUCGCAGAUCCCCGAGAAGAGCCGCAACGACGCCGAAUCUAAAAGAUGAAACCAACAGAGCAGCAGCCGGAUCACACAAACCAGCAAGAAAAACCCACAAACAACCAGCAGCAAAACCACGAAGAAGGAAAACACCUGGAAGGAGGAAACGUAGAGCUGCAACCAACAGAACAACACAACGUCAAAAGGCAGCAAAGAAAACUAAAGGGACUCGAACACGAAAACAAGUCAGGAGAAAACAACCAGCAAGACAAAGGAGGACCAUUAAAAGACGACGCCAGCGACGUAGAAACCCCAGGAGAAGAGCUCGGUACUGUUACUGGUGCUGGUGAACGGGAAUAAACCUUCAGAGCAAACUGAAAA